UACCACAACACGCCGGUCGGUAGCGCCCAAAACGUGUCGCGCGCGCGUGUUUACACACCCUACACCCUCUCAGAUUGACAGGACCACCCAAAACAUCAAAAUUCUCAUCAUGUCCGAUAGCAGUGAUAGUGUGACCAACAGUGUGACAAACAGUAAUAACAACAACAAUAAACCGGAGAAGAUUAAACUCAAGUUUGGUAUUGAAAGACUCUUGGCGAGUAAUCCGGAUGCAGAAAACAAUGAAAAAGCACGUGGAUUCAAGCGUGUGGAGACCGGAAGAUGUGCGAGUCAUGAAUCCGACGGGCAUGACCAUAAUGGACACGUGGUGCCCUGUGUGGAGUGUGUCACUUCAAUGUAUAGAUGUUGUGCUAUCCGAGGCGGCGGAAAUAAUGAUUCGUAUCCGGAAAAUACCUACGGACAUGAUUUUCUGCAUGGGUUUAAUGGACUCGGGGUGCUUACAACCGGAAAUGUGUAUACUACUCCUAUACGGCCAUAUCCCACAAGACCACAAGUGCGUUUAUCUGGAUUAUCUUCGCUAUCUCCAACGACAUUGUCCGCACAGUCACCGCCAAUGCAAGUUGCCGCCCCUCAUCAUGCGGGUGCAACAUCAGCAGCAAAACGAAAACGUUCCUGGUCCCGAGCAGUUUUCAGUAAUUUACAACGCAAAGGCCUCGAAAGACGUUUCCAACUACAGAAAUAUAUUACCAAGCCAGAUCGUCGGCAACUGGCAGCCACCUUGGGACUGACGGACGCACAGGUAAAAGUGUGGUUCCAAAACCGCCGCAUGAAGUGGCGCCACACGAAGGAGUCGCUCAAAGGCGACAGCGCAGUUGAUUCAACGCAAGACGAAACGCUCAUAGAUGUCGAUACUGUUGCUGACUCGGAGUAACACCACACAAUGCGCAUGACAAAUGUACUUAAGAAAGAUGCUAAGUUUAAAUGGAAUAAAUUGUAAUAUUAAUAAUAAUAAACAUAUUUCUAUGAUAAUUAUAUUUAUAUAUAAUUUAUAUCGCGACUUACAUUAGUUGUAACUGACUGAUACGGGCAGAUAUCGUGUGUUUACUAGAGAUAAGCCAUUUAUCACGUUUACUUGAGCAUGCAAGUAGACUAGUCAACGGUAUAACAUUAAAUUGCUCAUCUAAAACAUUGGUUAACAGAAACAUCGCAAGUAUUCCGUUCAAAAGAAAAAAUUACAUAAAAAUGCCUCGAAGAAGAACUACAGAACGUCCAAUAGACUUGUUUGAAACUGAACCGAAAAAUCCAAAAGAAAAUCUUACACUGGCUUCGUAUUCCUUGGAUUUUCUAAGUAAAUUAACAGGAAAUAUUUAUUUCAUCACCAGUAUAUUAAGUAUAGUCAUUUUUAUCUUAUUAAUUAUUAUUAUAAGACUGUGUAUAGUUAAUCGACGACAAAGGAAAAUAAUUCGGAUGAGUAACGGUAGAAGACAUUAUGAUUAUUCAUUCAAUUCAUUAGCCAAAUAUUAGAUUAUAAAUAACCUGUUAAUUAAUAGUAUAUUUAGUAUCAAGUGGCUAAACUUCUUUAAUCACUACUUUAGUCACGGCUUUGGACGUCCAAGUUUAAAGAACCACUUUUUGUGUGGAACCCGUGAAAAAGCUGACGCUUUAAAGUUGGAAGUAGAAAAAUUAUAAUUUAUAUUGUACAUAAAAUUUAUACUUAGUCAUAUUUAGAAGACAUUAUUGUUAUUCGUUCAAUUCAUUUGCCAAAUUUUAGAUUAUAUAUAAUCAGUUAAUUAAUUGUAUAUUAAGUAUCAAGUGGAUAAACUGUGGCUUUAAAGUACUUUAGUCACGGCCUUGGCCGUCCGUGUUUAAAGUACCACUUUUUGUGUGGAUACCCGUGGAAAAACUGACGCUAUAAAGGUGGAAGUAGAAAAAUUAUUAUUAGUCAUAUUUUAUAAAAAUUGCACAUGUAAACUAGAAUAUUCGCUUUGUAAGUAAAAUAUCUUGUAAAAUCUAA